GAGUCCCUGAAUUUGGACAGUCUAAAUCGGGGUUGCGGAACAAUAGUGCGUUCCUCACUCACUCCUCGAUCCUCAGGUCGCUCACAGUAAUUAGGAAGAUCCAAGAUGAGCUGGGCGUUCCUGACGAAGUUGCUGGAAGCUGUGACCCAGCAUUCUACCUUGGUGGGGAAACUGUGGUUGUCCGUGCUGGUUGUGUUUCGCCUAGUGCUGCUGGCGGUGGGUGGAGAGGCCAUUUACCGGGACGAGUUAAGUGGCUUCUCCUGUAAUACAGCGCAACCGGGUUGCCAAAAUGUUUGCUAUGACGCCUUCGCACCCCUCUCCCACGUUCGCUUCUGGGUGUUCCAGAUCAUCCUGGUCACUGCGCCCACCGUAUUCUACUUGGGCUAUGCGGUGCACCACCUGUCCCGGCGCCGGAGGAUCCAGAAGCAAGAAGAGGAAGAGGAGCCCAUGCUCAAAAAGAAGUCCGAGAAGUCCCAUGAUGAUGGAGCCCACGAUGGUCGCAAGAGGAUCCGCAGGGAUGGGCUCCUGGGGCCCUAUGUUGGGCAGUUACUGGUGCGGACUGCCUUGGAGGUGGCCUUCCUACUAGGCCAGUACCUGCUCUAUGGCCUGGAGGUGCCUCCCUCCUAUGUCUGCGUGCGUAAGCCUUGCCCCCACACCGUGGAUUGCUUUGUUUCUCGUCCCACGGAGAAGACCAUCUUCCUGCUGGUCAUGUAUGCAGUAAGUGGCCUCUGUCUCCUGCUCAACCUGAUCGAGUUGCUGCAUCUGGGUCUGGGAAGUUUGAAGAAGGAUAGAAGUCACAAUGCUCCACUUUCUCAUUCCAAGAAUUUCCCACUGGAGCAGAUGCAGAAACAGCUGCAUCUGGUCCAGGAGCACCUGGACAUGGCAUUGCAUAUGAGCACACCUUUGGUCACAGCGCCUACCUAUGCAGGCCAGUCUCCUUCCUACAACAUAUAUGCUCAGCAAAAUCUGCAUAAUCAAAGCGAAAAAGAGCCUCAUUUCUCCAAAACAGAUCAGUGA